GCGGGGGUACACAAAUGAAGACCAAGAUACCGCCACUUUCUUCGCUCCAGGAGAGAGAGAGAGAGAGAGAGAGAGAGAGAAAUCUCACUUUGAUACUAGCUUAAACUAGCAACUUCUCCCUCCCUCUCUCCUCUCGUAUAAACCCCAUACGUAUAUUCGCUUUCGCAAUCGAAUCAUCUCUCAAUAAUUUAUAAUCCCCCACUAGGAAAAAACCAACGUCGAGUCCCGUCAUUUUCAGUUUUUUCCUUUUCUCGUAGCUUUUACAUUCUCAUCAAAAUGGGUUCUUGAUGUUUUCUAGUACUUGUAUAUGAAUCCUAGAACUUGUUUAGUUUCAGUCAUUUCGACCAUUUGAUCUGCAUUUCUCUUUUGCUAGCUUUUUUCUUUUCAAAGUCAGCAUCUUUAGCUGAUACUUGUGGGGUAAUGGAGGUUUAUUCAUCAUCGAGUAUUGGGCUUCAGAAAAUGAUGAUUGCUAACAUUCAAAAAACCCUAGCUUGUUAUCCAAAGGGAAGUAGAAAUUUGACUUAUAGUAAUAAAAGGGAACAAAGCCUUGUGGUUGUUAACACCUUGAAAAAUUCGGGAGCUGAGCCCCAAUCUGGUGUGGUAGUGACCAUUGUUAUGAAAGAAGGUGACGGAGGGUAUGCGGGGAAGGAUUUGGGUGUGUUGGAAGGUAGUUAUGGGCCGGGAACCGAUUGUGGAAACGGCGGUGGGGAUGUGUUUGGGGGUAAUAAUAGAAAUGGGUCUAAUGGGAAAUGGUUAGGUGGAGGUGGUGGUGGUGAUGAUAAUAGUGAAGGGGGUGAUGAUGAAGAAGAAGAAGAUGAUGAUGAGUUUGGGCCAAUAAUGAAGUUUGAGGAUGUGAUGAAAGAGACUGAGGCUCGAGGGGCUAGUCUUCCGCUAGACAUGUUAGAGGCCGCGAAGAGUGGUGGACUUCGUGAGUUGCUUCUUCUUAGAUACUUGGAAUUGCAGGCGUCUGGAUGGCCUCUGAGCUUUAUAAUGACGUCUUGUUCUAUGCUCCGGAAUCGAAUGCUGGCUGAUCCGUCAUUUCUUUUUAAAGUUGGCACGGAGAUUGUUAUAGAUUCUUGUUGUGCUACAUUAGCAGAGGUUCAAAAGAGGGGCAAGGACUUCUGGGCAGAAUUUGAGCUGUAUCUUGCGGAUCUCUUGGUUGGGGUGGUCGUUAAUGUCGCAUUAGUUGGUAUGUUAGCCCCUUAUGCUCGUAUUGGGCAACCAUCUCUGUCUAAAGGGGGUUUUGGACGAAUGCAACAUGCUUAUGCUGCUCUUCCUAGCAGUGUAUUUGAAGCUGAAAGGCCAGGCUGUAGAUUUUCUGUGAAGCAAAGGAUAGCUACUUACUUUUUCAAGGGUGUUAUGUAUGGAGCAGUCGGGUUUGCAUGUGGUAUUAUAGGUCAAGGCAUAGCGAAUUUGAUCAUGACUGCAAAGAGGAGCAUUAGGAAAUCAGAAGAGGACAUACCUGUCCCACCUCUUGUGAAAAGUGCAGCUCUUUGGGGUGUUUUCCUAGCAGUUUCUUCCAACACCCGAUAUCAGAUUAUCAAUGGAUUAGAACGGUUGGUAGAAUCAUCUCCUUUGGCAAAGAAGGUCCCACCCGUGGCAAUGGCUUUUACUAUUGGUGUGCGAUUUGGCAACAAUAUCUAUGGCGGGAUGCAAUUUGUGGACUGGGCCAGAUUGAGUGGGGUGCAAUAACUGUACAUCUUUCUUAUGUUUAAAUGAAGCAUCCCCUCGUUCUGUGACACUGUCCCAAAAGAAUCAACUAUGAUGCUUAGAGUCCUUGAAUGAGGUUAAAAAGCAUUUAUGGAGGGCAGUAUAUGGAGUAGUUUUCAAUUGCAGUUAGCACUUUUCUUGGGAGUAAUGUAGCUAUUUUGGCAACCACCACUUUUUCCUCUGAGCAGAAAUUCAGAUUAGUCUUGAUUA